AUGUCAAGAUUAAAUAAUGUAAAGAAUAUAAAAAGAAAUAGGAGUGAUUCUUUAAGUGAUAACGAAGAUAAUUUAAAGCUUUCAGAUAAAAUAGAUAAGAAAAUUGUUUAUGAUCAAACUAGCAAAUACUUUUCUAAAAAUACCUCUUUUAAGACUGAAGAAUUCCUGGAUGAUAAAUUUGAAUCAAAUCUUUUGGAUUCAUGUUUUCAAGAUUCUGGUGAAAGUUCUGUAGAUUGGGAAGAUGUGGAAAUUUAUCAAAAGAUAUCAUUGAAAGAUGGGGAUUUGAAAGAUGAUUCUCUUGAAAAUUUGGAUAUUGUUUUGAAUAAUCAAAAAAAAUCGAAAUUUAAAAAAAAAGUUUCAAAUAUUAAUUCUUUGAAGAGAAAUAUUAGAGUUCAGAUAUAUCUUCUUCAUCUUACAUGCUUGGUUUUUCAUGGUUUUUUUAGAAAUAAAUGGAUUAAUGACAAAGAAACUCAUGAUAUUUUACGAAAUAAACUUAAAGAAGAAUCUCCUUUGCUUUUUGGGAAAAUUGAAAACUAUAGACAAAUUCUUUUGAAUAAACGAUCAGAUCUCUUAAAUUUUAAAAAAAUGCUAUUAAUGAUUUUAAAAUGGUUUAAACAGCGAUUUGAAAUAAUUGCUUUGGGAAUAGGAAAAUUAGAUUCUUAUUCGACUAAAUGUGAUUUUUGUUUAAAAAAUAAAGCAUGUUUAUUUGAAACUAUUGAAUCAAUUUAUGAAUUUCGUAAAAUUGCUACGUUUUUAAAAGGAAGUAGGGAUUCAGGAACUCAGAUUCUUACAUCUUUGCUGAGAGCUUUUGGCUUUAAUGCUAGACUUAUUUUUUCAUUGCAACCUAUAGGUUUAAAUUUUAAUUUAGAAGAUUAUGAAAUUCAUAAGGAAAAAUGUUUUGAAUCAAAAAAAUGCUCAAAUGACAAAUUUAAAAAUUCGAAAAAAGCACGUGUUGGGAUUUCUGAAAAUGAAUUGGAUAAUACUUUUAUUAAAUCUGAAGAAAAUUUAGUUGAUAAAACUGAACUAGUACUUGAUUCUUGUUUUCCUUAUCCUGUUUUUUGGACUGAAGUUUAUGACGAAAAUGCUGAUAUAUGGUAUUCUGUUGAGUGUAUGACUUUAAAUUGUGUUAUAUCUUCAGAUAGGAGUUUUUUUAUACCAAAUACUAAAGCUCUUAAUAAAACUAAAAUGAAUGUAAGCUAUAUUGUUGCUUUUGAAGUUGAUGAAUACGCAAAAGAUGUUACAUUUAGAUAUUUAAAUAAUAUGUCAACUUUUAGUCGAGUAAAACUUACCACUCUUGAAAGAGACAAAUAUACUUCAUUUGAGAAGCUUGUUGACAUAUUUAAAAGGCCAGUUCUAUCGGAUAUAGAUUUAAAAGAAAAUAAUGAUUUACAACCGAAAAAUUUGUCUAAGAAAAUACAGAAUAUUACCAUAAAUGAUUACAAGACGCAUCCAACCUAUAUUCUUGAGCGUCAUCUUAAAAGACAGGAAGUAGUUCGUCCUGGAGUAUCUCCGGUAUAUGUUUUUAUGCUUGGGAAGGGAAAUAAAUUAAAAGAAGAGAGAGUCUUUAAUAGAUCUGAUAUUUUGCUAUGUAAAUCUGUAGAAUGUUAUUAUAGGGAAGGUAGACAGAUAAAAUCAGGAGAAUUACCACUUAAAAUUGUUAAACCAAGGAGUGUCACACUAUCACGAAAACGAGAAAAUGAACUUAUUGCUUUCGAAACUAACAAAUUGGCUAUACAACCAUUGUAUGCUGAAUUUCAAACGGAAUUAUAUAUUCCUCCUCCCGUAGUUAAUGGAAUUGUUCCGAAGAAUGGUUAUGGAAAUAUAGAUGUGUUUGUUGAUUCCAUGAUACCUAAGGGUGCUACUCAUUUGCCUUAUCAUGGAAUUGGGAGGAUCGCAAAAAAGUUGGGUUUUGAUUAUUCUGAUGCUGUUACGGGAUUUGAAUUUAAAAAUCAGCGUGCAAUUCCUAUUAUAACGGGUAUUCUGAUUGCUACUGAAAACGCUAGUACUUGUUUUGAAGCAUGGAUAUUUGAUGAGCAAAAAAAGAUUGAAAAGGAAAUAAAAAAACGAGAAAAAGAGAUCCUUUAUAGAUGGAAGAAAUUUCUUUUGGGGCUUAGAAUACGAAAUCGAGUUGAGAGUUUGUAUGGUAAUAGCUCUAAUGUUCUUUCUGGAUUUAUAUUUUCAAAAAAAUAGGUAGUAUGAUAAUUUCGAAAAAUG